CGAUCACGGCCCGCGUUCAGUCGCCAGUCGUAUCUCUACCGCUGGGGACCUCAAGCGCGCGCGUGUCCGCGCCGGCGAGUCGUCUAUCGGACUUUAUAAAGGAAUUUCUAUGUGAUGUUAGUAAACAAUAAGUGUAUAAAUAAAAAGCGAGUCUUGAACGUUUAUUCAUUCUCGCUGUAAACUUAAUUUAGUAACAAUGUCUCUUCCGGGUGUUUUUCUUUUUUCACAUUACGUCGAAAGCUUUUGGAGUUCACCUCCUCCCUUGGUGGACUAUUCCGGGGUGCCUACCCUGAUGGUCGUGUUGGUCGCAGUCUUGGUGGUGACAAUAGCACUGCUUGUGCGGCAAUCCGACCGCAAGAAUCCUCGUCUGCCCGGCCCGCUCGCACUGCCGCUGCUCGGCACCAGGUGGCUCUUCUGGAGUCGAUACAGAAUGAAUAAACUACAUGAAGCUUAUGAAGACAUGUUCAGGCGGUACGGGCCGAUCUUCGCGGAGAUAGCACCAGGGGGUGCAAAGGUGGUGUCGAUAGCGGAGCGCUCGGCGCUCGAGGCUGUGCUGCGCAACUCCAACAAGAAGCCCUAUAGACCCCCUACAGAGAUCGUGCAGGUCUACCGCAAGAGCAGGCCAGACAGAUAUGCUACUACAGGACUUGUUAAUGAACAAGGCGACAAUUGGGUGCAUUUACGCCGCCAUCUGACGUCAGAGAUCACAAGCCCACACACGAUGAAGGGCUUCCUACCUCAACUGAACUGCAUUUGUGAUGACUUCAUCCAUCUUCUGAACUCCUGUCGCAGACCUGAUGGCGCGGUCUACGGCUUCGAGCAGCUCACCAAUAGAAUGGGACUCGAAUCUGUAUGUGGUCUGAUGUUGGGCACCAGGCUGGGGUUCCUAGAGCGCUGGAUGUCGGGGCGCGCGGCGGCGCUCGCGGCGGCCGUCAAAGCGCACUUUAGGGCCCAGCGGGAUUCCUACUACGGAGCACCUUUGUGGAAGUUCGCCCCCACCAAUCUGUACAAGACUUUUGUGAAGAGCGAAGAGACCAUACAUAUGAUAAUAUCUGAGCUGAUGGAGGAGGCGAUGUCGCGGACGAACGGCGCAGCGCAGGACGACGGCAUGCGGGAGAUCUUCCUCAAUAUCCUAUCCAAUCCAGAGCUUGACGCGCGCGACAAGAAAGCUGCUGUUAUUGACUUUAUUACCGCCGGCAUUGAGACGUUAGCAAACAGCCUCGUCUUCCUGCUGUACCUGCUAAGUGGACGUCCGGACUGGCAGGAAAAGAUCCGCUCCGAGCUACCGGUCAGCAAACGACUGGAACUGGAAGACCUGUCUGCUGCUACUUCCAUACGUGACGCGACUAAAGAGGCCUUCCGACUGUUGCCCACUGCACCAUUCCUCGCUCGUCUACUCGACAAGCCUAUGACAGUUGAUGGACAUAAGUUAACUGCUGGGACGUUCGUGUUGGCGCACACGGGGGCUGCGUGCCGGCGCGAGGAGAACUUCCGUCGCGCGCGCGAGUUCCUGCCUGAACGAUGGGCGGGCGGCUUCGAGCCUCACUCGCCGGGACUUGUUGCACCUUUCGGUCGCGGCCGACGCAUGUGUCCCGGGAAACGAUUCGUUGAACUGGAAUUACAUUUGCUACUGGCCAAGAUAAUGCAACAAUGGCGGGUUGAAUUCGACGGCGAACUGGACAUCCAGUUCGACUUCCUGUUGUCGCCUAAAUCUCCAGUCUCACUGCGUCUGGUCGAGUGGUAGACGUCAAUCUAAUUUCCACUUAGCGGUUAGCUGGAGACUGACGAAUCGAGUCUUCUAUUUCCACUGGAGUGGCCACAACUACUAUACAAAAUCGUAACCACGUACAACUUGAGGCGCGCGGUUAAUCGCUAAGUGGAAAUAUACAUUUAGACCUAAGUGUGUUGUGUUCAAGGGCGACCGUUGGGUCUUUCGAACUCUUUUAUUUCAAACACAUAGUAUUGCGACAUUUGUUUUAAAAUUAAAAAGUACCAUAUGUCUGAAUAGAAUAGUAAUUUAAGGAUUACGGAAAAUAGGUAAAUAAAUUCAAUAAUUUAGUUUGGGAAAGACAGUUUUCACGAUGUUCAUGUUUGAGUUGAGUUGUAGUUGUCAACCUUGAUACUCACGGGUUGAUUUUCAAUAUUUACGUCAAUAUCUCGGAAGUUACAAUGGCAGUCCGGUCGGGUCAGUUCACCCUUGAACACAACCUUAUUUAUUACAGUCGUCUACGUAUCAAGUGUUUUAUUUAAUUUAUCGGUAAUAUUAUUAUUACUUGGUAAUAUUUGCUAUUGUACUACGCUUGGUUUGCAGAUGACUGUACCACGGUCGCUUCCGAUAAAAACGGGCCCACUGAAUAGUUUUGUAAGACAAAUAUAUUGCUUUAUGGUGAAUGUGUAUGAAGGAUUUCUUUAUAAUUGUGUCUCGAUUAUAUUAAUAGUAACAGAUUAACAAUUACUAUGAACAGUAAUUAUAGUUCGUACGUUUUGUAAACGGAUCCUUAAGGAUUAUUUUUUUUUCUUUUCUGAAAUAACUAAUCGCGACAGCAGCGCCUCUCACCGACAAAUCCUUGUUUGACUUUAACUCUGGAUAAUACUGUCAAAAAAUUACGUGGCAAACCUUUUAAUUUAUGUCGUUUGAACAAAUACAAAAAA